CCUAAUUCGGACAUGUUGGACGCAAUUGUUCUCAGGUGAACGUCCGACACGUCCGCAGAAAUGGGACACUAAAAGAAGCAGCUCACAGGAUCACACACACACAGCUACCUAGGCCCAGGCCCAGGGAUUACUUUUAUCAUUGUCAGGGGCCAAGGAACCUGAGAAUUGGCGUCAAAGCCUUGCUGUCAGGCUCAACCAGCUCAGAAAAGGAAUGGGCGGCGCUCUUCAAAAGUGCCUCGGCGCACCUGCACCUGAAACCACCUCAAGGGAAUUGCCCACCAACUUAGCCGGCCCCUCUGACGAGCCUGCCCCUGUCAGUCCUCCAGAGUUGGCCCCUGCAGGCCCCCCGGCGCCUCUGCUGAACAGGAACGGCAUGGCUGAGAAAGGCGGUGUGAACGGGGCCCCUGCAGCUGAGCAUCUGAGCCGCAUUAGCUCAGUCCAUGAGGAGCCAGGACUUCAGCAGCCAGUCUUAACACCGACGAGCAUUGUGCACACAGCGCCGCCAUUGGAUGAGGCUGGACCGUGGGAGGAUGUUAAUUGGCUAAACGCCUUCCUGCAACAAAGUUGGCCCAGCCUGAACGAGGCUGCUUCUAAGGUCGCCAGAGAGUCAAUUGACGGCAUUUUGAAGCAAUAUCAGCCGGAUGCCAUUGAAGUGAUGCGGGUGAAGAGCCUAGACCUGGGGGAAGUGCCACCUGUAUUCCAAGAGGUGCGCGUCCGUACUGAACACGAGCCGGAUGAGAUCCUACUGGAUGUUAAGCUGGACUGGAUGAAAGGCAAGCCGACGAUGGUCCUGGAGAUCAAGCCGCGCUUCUCGUUUGCGCUCGCAAUCAAGCUCAAGGAUCUGGACCUGGUUGCGUGGAUGCGCAUUGCGUUUAAGCCGCUCACCGGCGUGCUGCUGCCCUGCUUCGGGGCGAUGACGAUUGCAAUCCAGGAAGAGCCCCACGUGAACUUCCAAAUCGAGGCGCUUGGCGGGGUCACCAACCUGAUACCCGGGCUGGAUGCUCUCAUCGACAGCACUGUCAAGGGUGCCAUCGUUGACGCCCUGCAAUGGCCCAACCGAAUCGUGGUGCCAAUCAUCCCACGGGAGGAUAAUUACAAGGACCUUUUGUUCUGGCCUUCUGGCGAGUUGCGGAUCUCGAGCAUCGCCUGCGCCGACCUCCCCACCAUGCGCAGCCUCACUGACGUGGCAGGGGUACCGGACCCCAUCGUCUGGUUUUAUGUGCGCAAGAAGGCGGACCGCAUCAUCAAGACGACGCCCCAGAUCAACACCCGGAACCCCACGUGGGAGGAGGAGCUCAAAGUCAUGGUCGAGGAUCCCGCCCUCCAGAAUUUGACUGUUGUCAUCAUGGACCAGGAAGUCCUCGGCCGCGCAACUUUCAUCGGCAUGGCCGUCAUUCCGCUCGCCGGAAUUGCGGACGGCGAGGAACGGAACGUCUCCCAAGACCUCCACGUGGAGGCGUUUUUCAUGCCCGAGGAGCAGAAGGCCAAAGCGAAGAACGCGGACCAACUCCGUGGCAACAUCAGCUUCAAGAUGACGUGGCACAAGUACCUGCCCGAAGAGGUUCCUCCCGUUCCGGCGCCGGUUCCGCCCAAGGCGCCGGAAAUGCAGCCAGCACCGGACACAGUCAGCGACAUCCCGGUGGCCGCUCCUGCGACGCCGGCAACGCCUGAGAAGUGACCUGCGGUCGAUGGGUCAAAAACGAGUUGAUGAUAUCUUGUACAUACCCAAAGUUUGUGUUGCUCACAGAGAUGAAUUUGUCAAAGGAGAGUCGGUUCUUUGUCUCCCGGGGCUGAAAGCAUAUUUAAUCGAUUGUUGAUAGGAGACCCGACAGCAACAUAGUCCUACAAAGGCAACUUAUUAAGACGUUCGGAUGAGUCGAACCUCUCACUGCCGUCACGCGUGCUGGGACAAUCUGCUCUGAGCACAGUGGCGCUUGUGACCAUCGGUUGUAACAGGUUGACCUGCUGAAGUUACUUCAGCUACAAGCUUUUGGUUGACACUUGAUUUUUAUACAGUCAAACAGAGGUACUUGACCUUGACAGCUAUAAUUUAAAGUAAGCAAUUCUUUAAGGUUUUUGGUCGGCAAACUUCGUCAACACCAGCCAUAACAGUCAAGUGUGCUACAGCUCAGUGGGCAGUUACAUCGAUGGCUUAGAUGGUUGCUUAAAACACCACGUAUUUGAUCCUUAGCUUUGUGCCGGCCGUGCGGUUCGCUAGAGGCUCAUGAAGUCAAAGCAGCUACUCAUUUCUCUUGUUCUGCAAUUAAGUGACCUUCCUGCACAUUGUCUAGUCCAG